AUGACAGUCCUCACCCUGCGGCAGGAGGCGUGGUUCCAAACUACGAAACGCCUACUAGCUGCCCUAGUUAAUGAAGGACUGGUGGAUGCGAAGGUCGAAGGGCCUACUACGGAGGGAGAUCAGUAUCUUCGUUUGUCCGCAAGGGGUGCUCAACGUGACGGCAGCGAAGGAUACCUCAUCGUGAAAGUGAAUCCGGGCGCAACUAUCGAAGAGCGAAACAGAGAGUUACCGCUCAAAACUGUCGAUCCAGAGAAUAUUCCUGGGAUGUUAACACCAGAUAUUACAUUUAUCUCGAUUGCGCUGACCGAAGUGCGUUUCUCCGGUCCCUUCGAGGAGUUGCUGCAACCACUUCUUCGAAGUCUCCAGAUACCAGGAGUGCCAAAGGGGCAAACAGUCGUGCCCUGCCUCACUCAGCAACUGCCCUCAAUUCUUCGCCGCUUUCCCAACGCCAUCAUCUUGGAGACUAUUGCUGACAGUGCAUAUGCUCAGGCUUCGUUAAGAACACUUACUCUUCGGUCAGACAUAGGGUAUCCCUUUCAGCUAAAGCUUUCCUUGGCUUGUCAGAUCACGUCCGCCCUCCGAACAAUCACUCCGUGGUCCGCCAUGGGCGGACCCCGUAUCAGCAAGAUAUUGGUCAAGUUUCUCCCCGCGAACUUGUGGGUCUUCAGAGAGGUAGCAUCAGUAACCGGUAGCCAAGCGGACUUUGAUGAUGCAAAACAUCUAUCGUGUAUCUUACGAGAAGAUCUGGAAGCCAGAGCAGAGAACAACAACGAAGUACUCAUCAUUGCAGCUGCGCUAACACAGCAGCCUCAUGGUGGAUCUCAGUCAUAUGCAGAGAUCAUCUUCGGUCUCAAGUCAGUAUAUCAGAAACAGGAGUGGUUCCGGCUGUAUGUACAAAUGUUAUUGGAACUUUUCCUGCCUCCUCUAGUUAAUCACGGGAUCGGACUGGAAGCACAUGGGCAGAAUGUAGUAGCUCGGGUUUGCCGUGCGACAGGAAAAGUCAAAGGCUUUGCGGUCCGGGACUUUGGAGGGAUCAGGUUGCACACCCCAACGCUGCGGCGCCAAGGAGUCAAAUUUGAUAAAAUGUUGUCUGGAUGGGUUGUACUCACGGAGAGCAUGAACGACGUCUUGGAGAAAGUUCAUCAUUCGCUGCUGCAGAACCACAUUGGGUUUUUGCUAAACUCUCUCUGCCUGGAAAGACACGACGGAUGGAAUAUUGUUCGAGACGUGCUAGAAGUGGUCUUGAGCCCAGUCGAUGGCUCUCCAAGGAACGAUAUUUAUAAAUGGUUUAUGAAUGAUACGAUGUUGCUGAAGUGUUUUCUGCGGAUGAGAAUGCAGCAGAAGUAUCGUGAUCUCUGA